AUGUCCUCGGUCUCACCUCCAGCGAGUAUACUCCCGCACAUAUCCAUUGACAGCUCGUUUGGAUCUCUACUGAUUGGAACGUUCAUUGGCCUCUUCCUCUAUGGGAUCGUGGUGCACCAAACGUAUCGAUACAUCACUAUCUCAACCUGGUCAAGCUUGAGUUCGCAACACAGUGAGAUCCUCUCGUCGGCAUUUAUUGCUAUACAUCGACACUCACUCCUCCUUCUAUACCUCCACCCAAGUCCUAUGGAGAGAUGGCUGAGAUAUUGCAUCCGAAAGGCUAAUUGUUCCUCGCAGGGCCUGAUUGUUGGAAUAUCACAAGCUUGGAAAGAGGUACAGAGUUUGGGUGAUGCUCGCUGUCUUCUUCUUGCUGGCAGAAUUCGGUUUUUGUGUUGGCUGACUGAUGCCGUGCUAGCGUCCAGCGUAGUGGAAAUCCAGUACACAUCCAAAGGACUCACAGGUUUCGUCGAUAAGACGGUAUUCAUCCACAUUCAUGGACAGAUAGUGGACUUUUCCGUGCGACCUUCAGCUGUCGGGCCAGCUACGGCGAUAUCUGUUGUAGUGACCAAGCGUCAGUCAUCAAUCCUCUAUCAAGCGCAGGACUUCGUUACUGAUGAGUGCUCAGUUUAUGCAAACGCACUUCUCGCCGCUCUGAACAGUAGGCGAUCACUUCAAUACCGUUCAAGCACUGUCGUUAUGGGGGCCGACAUAUUCGGAUCUGAAGAUGACACAGCUCAGGUGACCAAGCCCAAUGUUCCAGUCUCCAUCGAGCUACGUGCCAAUAUUAUCCCAAGUCAUGCUUCAGCUCCAUCCAGAGCAAAAUCGCACAACGGAAGUACCUAUCCACAGUCGGAAGAUUCUGAGAAGCGCACUGAGAUCACUAGACGAAGCUUCGAUGUUCAGCGGGACGUUAUGGAGAUUUGUUGA